AUGGCAUCCCUGGUCUUGCUUGUGCUCUUCAUGAUCGGGGGUGUGCAGAGUGGUUGCGCCAUAUUCGACACUUGUAACCAGGGCUUCCUUGCGAUUAGCGCGAUUUCGUAUAACCAGUGCAGCGAAAUGGGGAAUUCCAUCGCAGCCAUGGGAGCCUCGCACGCCACUUUUCUGAGCGGCCUCCUCGUCAUCGCUCGUGUGGAGACGACGCUGUUCCUCGGUAUGGGAGACAGAGCUCUCUACGCGCUCGCUUUCCUUCACAAGGGCACGUCGGAGGUGGCAGUCGUGCAUCUCAUCAUCGCAGUGUGGGCCGUCUCCGUGUGCCUCGUGUAUGCACACGGCGCUGGAGUACUGUCCUAUACGACCCCUGAACCCAAUGUCUACCCUGUUUUCCACUCCUCGGAUCUGUUUUUCAUCAUACCAGUCACGGGAAGCUUCGGAGCUGUGUUCUUCGCAGUUUUCUUCCCCUGCUCCUCUGUCGGCACCCCCUGA